AUGUUCACCACAUCUCCCACCGGCAAAGAAUACACCCUCGGCGGCAAGGACAAGAACGGCACCAUGACCAUCCAACGCAUCACCUGCUUCAAAGUCAUCAACGAAGCUGAUGUCCAGCCGAUCUUGGACCAGUACAAAGUUCUCGCGGCUGAGAACCAGAAGAACGUGCCAAAACAGGACGGCAAACCCUACAUCCUCGACAUCCAAGCCUACAAGACCAUCUCCGACCCUCGAAGUCAAGGCUACUCGAUCGUUGCAUGGACGAAGUUUAAAGAUCUGGAGGAUAUGAAGUACUACGAUUCGGAGUGCGAGGCGCAUAAGAAGCUGAAGCAGUCGUCCGCGGGGAAGGUGGAAGUUCCGCCGUUGACGAUGUACAUGGAGGGAUAG